CCGGCUUUUCACUUCCGGUUAAAUACAUGCUGCAGUUUCGUCAGAUUGACAUUGAAUUAUUUAACAUCUUGAAUUGCAUAAUCUAAACUGAAUUUUAUUGAAAUUUUAAUUUCAAACACAUUCGUCAAAGAGAUACAUUUGAUAUAUUGUUCACUUAAGUCAUGUCUCGUCUCCUUAACUCGAUUGGAACCAUUGGUGUAGGUCUAGUCGCCGCCGGGUCAGUCAUAAAUUCAGCUUUAUAUAAUGUUGAUGGUGGACACAGAGCUGUGAUAUUUGACAGGUUUCGUGGUGUACAGCAAACCAUUAUUGGAGAAGGAACACAUUUCCUCAUUCCAUUGGUACAGAGACCCAUUAUAUUUGAUAUACGAGCAAAACCAAGAAAUAUCCCUGUCGCCACAGGAAGCAAAGAUUUACAGACAGUGUCCAUUACAUUAAGAAUCCUGUUCAGACCAAAACCAGAAGCAUUACCACAAAUAUACACAAACCUUGGUGUGGACUAUGACGAAAGAGUGUUGCCAUCAAUUACAACUGAAGUUCUCAAAGCUGUUGUUGCACAGUUUGAUGCCUCAGAGAUGAUUACACAGAGAGAAAUUGUAUCAGCAAAAGUCAGAGAAGAACUAACAAAAAGAGCAGCCUCCUUUAGUUUACUGCUUGAUGAUAUUUCAUUGACACAUUUAACAUUCAUGGCAGAGUUCACCAGCGCUGUUGAACAAAAGCAAGUUGCUCAGCAAGAUGCAGAACGUGCAAGAUAUCUUGUAGAAAAGGAAGAACAAGUAAAAAAAGCCGCCAUUAUUCGAGCGGAAGGUGAAUCACAAGCAGCUAAACUUGUUGCUAGGGCCAUAGGAGAUGCAGGAGAAGGUCUUGUAGAACUUAGAAAAAUUGAAGCAGCUGAAGACAUUGCCUACCAACUAUCACAAUCACGGAAUGUUAAUUACCUCCCUUCCGGACAGCAAACUUUAUUAGCUCUACCAUCACAGUAAAUAAACCCAAAGGAGGAAAAAGACUCUGAACAAUUGAGAGAAUUGAAAUAAGUGUUCUUAGAGAUUUACACACAGUAUAUUGUAUAUUAUGAGACAGUUAUGCUUUACGAUAUAUUGUAAUGUUAAUGAUGAACAGAUUUAUCUAUAAGAAACACAUACUGAGAAGUAAAUCCACAUACUUAAGUUGUAUAUAUAUUUAUAUAUAAAACAAUAUAUAUAACACAUAUUUCUCUAUUAUUUUCAUAUGUUUAAAGGGUUCAAGGGAUAAACCUUUAAAGUUAUUUGUAGGUUUUACUUGCCAACUCUCUAUAUUUUUAAUAGAUCAAAACUAGUGAAUGAUUUCCAUAGAUAAUAUCAUAUUCUACGGAGAUACAGAAGUUAAGAGUAAUAUCGGAUGACAAAAUUCUUUGAAUAAUUGUUUCUGUGUGAACUUUAGUUACUUAUAUAAGAUGUAAUGCCUGUUCUGGAAACCAGCCAUAAAAUAUACAUGUGCAUGUAUAAUGAAAAUGAUUACCUCUUUUAAUAUAGUGAGGUUUAUGAUAAUUCUUUUUUAAUGAUGUUUGAAUGUGCUGGUAAAAAAUAAACCUUGAGAAAGUUA